CGUUGUGGCACUUUUCGGAGAGAAUGAUGCGGAUGUGUGAGGCUGCAGGCGUAGUAGUGUCGGCGUACUCACCCGACUUCAGUCCGAUUGAAGAGUUCUUUGGCGAGCUGAAGAAUUACAUCAGGUCACGAGUGCAUGACGAUUGGGAGCUUAUCAAGGCAGACUUCAAGUUAUUCUUGGAAGAGUGUGUAAAGGCGGUGGGUAGCCGAAAAAAGAGUGCUAGAGGCCAUUUCAAGAACGCACUAAUUAGCAUUGAGGAACCAUGAACAUGGGCUAUAACAAUUUAUUUAAUUAUUCUU